CGAGCCACGAAAGCUAAAUAUAAAUUGAGUUUGAUAGCCUCAGCAGUUCGGCAAAUGAUUGGAAAUAGGGAGGGUCGGACGAAGAAUUUCCUCAAAGAUGGACAAAUCACCUUCAUCAUCACUUACGAACCCAAGAUCAGAAAGUACACUCGGAUCUAUGACGUCAUCACCUUCAGUACCCGCGGCAAGUACUUUAUUGCCCCCAAACCCAUCAGAACCUGUCGCAAAAUUUAACUCGAGGAGCCUUUCUGAUGAUAACAGAUUCCAAAAUCCACAUAGCACAAUACAAGGAGACGGUCAAUGCAGCUAUUCUUCUCAGAAUUUAUAUGAUGCGAAUGACGAAUCAAUCAUUGAUGUGGAGUCUCUAAUUAAUACUGUCCUACCUUUAUUCCCGAUAUCGUCUCCGGAUCCAUCCGACAAUUUUGCAGUACCUUCACCAAACAUUUCAAACAACAAAGGCAUGGCAAGCGACAGAAGCAUCAAUACUACUGUAUCAUCUCUUCAGAAAAGAAACCUUCCAUACUUAGAAUUAGGCUGUGAUACUUUACCCGCUACCACAGGUCUUGAAAGCAUACAAACCUACGAUAUCAACAAAAAUUACCCUUUGGUUCAUGAAAAAAAUUUUCUGGGACCAGAUAUAGAAUGCAAACAGCCCAGCGACAACAAAGAGGAGAACAACAAUGAAGAAAGCAAGGAAGAUCGCGAGAAAAGGGAAACAUUGCUAAAACACGUCAAUCCAGAGAUCCGCGCCCUUCUCGACUAUAACUACUGCUGUAGAAGUGACGAGGAGAAUCUUGCGUGUUUCGUCUGCUGUGAGGCGUUUAAUGAACGUGUUCACUUGAAAAACCACAUUGUGAACCUUCACUUACGUCACAUUCCUAUCAGUCAGUUCGCUUUGUGUCCCUACUGUGCGUUUGCCUGUAAGUCUCGGUAUCAGUUUGUAGAGCAUGUCCUGAAAUCCAGGAGUGCAUGUAGGUCAUUAAUGAUGAGAAAUAAAAGUAAACGAGCCCCGAAGCAAAGAAUGAGGACCAGUAAGCAAAGUAAAUGCGAUUGAUUGAAAACGCAGAAUUACGGAAAGGGAAAAUAUCUCGAAAUUUUGAUUGCAUACAGUAACUGUUAUUACGCUUUGAGUUGUUGAUACUUUAAUUAUAAAAGCCUUGUUUAUAGUUUUAAUUAUAUUGUCAGACUUUGAAUUUUGUGAGAAAUAGAUUUCAUUUGGAAUAAUAAUAUCAAAGAGCAA